AUGACCGCUCCUGUGCCCGCCGUCACCGCCGUUCCUCUGCCUCCGAUACUCGUGGCCGAUCCGCUGAAGCGAGGCGCGCGCAAUGGCCCUCGUCCUCCUGGCGCGCAGGCCUCUACGCUCCCUCCUCCUCCUCCUGCCGCCGUUCAGCCUCUCCCGCCUCUCCCAAACAUCUCGACAGCUGCCUCCCGCAGCGCAAUACCCUCGCCGCUCCCGCCUGGCUCCAGA